GCACCCUACAUAUCGACGGCGGCAUUGUCGUCGUCGUCGUGAUUCCUUCUCUCCUCCUUCAAGCCAUCGUCAACCUCCACAGCAACAGCAGCAGCAACAGCAGCGAUGGGUACGUCGUCGCCUCAAAUCUCACUCCCACCUCACUUGCUAACUUCGCCAUGUUCCAGACCCCAAUCAUCUCAAGCGCGCCCUCUCCGGGGGCGCAGAGGACGAAGCGAGCGCGCGGCUCGAAACCGUCGCCGCCGGUGCCUCUGCGGCCCUGGACGAGGCAGGAGAGCGGCUGCGCCAGCAGCAGCAGCAGCAACCUCCCCCGGCCCCCCGGACGCCCUCGCCGCGUCCUCAAGUGGACGGCCCGUCCUCGCCUUCGGCGUCGACGAAGAAAAAGAAAGAGUUGUCGGCCGGCGCCGUCCGCGACGUGCCCUGUGCGUCCUGCGUGACGCGCACAGCCGGUGCGUAUGCGCACCGCUGUUGCGACGUCCUCGGGAGCAAGGGCCGGCGGUGCUGGUCGUGCUACAAGGGCAACAAGACCUGCGUUCCCUUGUCUCUCGACCCCAGCCUGCGCACCGCAGUGCGCGAGAUGCUCGACGCCGCCGAGCUCGCCCAGAGCGAUGCCGACCCGCAUUCAACAAUAAUGGUGGGUGUCAGUUGGCAGCUAUAUCCACCCCCAGUCUCCUUCAUCACAAGGUCCCUGUCAACGCAGAAAGACUCCCUUUCUGGUCACAAUUGGCAAUUGUUAUCCCAUAUGAGUUGAACAGUUAACCAUUCCCCAGCCAUUCGGCCUUGCCAAUGCAUUUGUAUUCGGUUCCCAUGUGGCUUCGCACUCCGUGGUCAGUCGGCUGAACAUGUUCACUGAGAACCACUGGGAUAAUGGACUAGGCUCGCGGUACGCGCAAUGUUCUAAUGUAUUGUCCAUUCGUGCAUAUGUCUCUAAAAUGAUCAUUC